GCUUCAAGUUGUGAGGUCCACGUCCUCGGGAUUCGGGAUUCUCGGAACGUUAGGGAUUUCACUGGAAGAAGUUUGUUAUUUAUUCCUGGAUUGGACCUAUUGCGAGAGACCUGGAGAAUUAUAUCCAACAAAAUGGGAUUAAGUCAGUCCGUCGAGGAUGCUGGUCAAUCCAGUCCAGAGGCCCUAAGCUAUAUCCUCGCCGAACGCUUCGCCACAAAAUGCUUCACCCCGCUAGAACUAACCCACUUCAAAGACAACUUCUUCUCCCGAGCAACAGACCAAAACGGGCUGAAAUACUGGAACGAAAAGACCCUUUCCGAUUUCCUGGGCAUCCCGGAUAGCAGCGAUGCCGAGUGUCCGCUUGACGCUGGUCCGGUGAUCUUCCGGAUGGUCUCGUAUCUGGGGGCGUUUCCGUUUCAGAAGACGCUAGCUCCGAGCGUGUUGACUUUUGAUGCUAUGGUAAAGGUAGCUGUGUUGUUGACGGAGAGGUAUGGGAGGGUGCUUAGACGGGGGAGGAGGGAUAGGAUUAGGUUGUUGUUCGGAAGUCUUGCGGAUGUUGGGAAGAAAGAUCUGGGUUCGUCUGGCCAGGAUGAGGAGAAUGAAGAUAAGGAUGAAGACGGUGAUGAUCUUGCUUUGGCGGCGUUGGAAUCGCUGGAUGCCAUUGAGGUGUUCAAGCACGAUCAGCGUGUGGACAAGACUGUCUAUGAAGCUCAUAUCUCGACUGACACGUUCCGUCGUCUGUUGAUGCUGCUUCUUGUCAUCGCACCGUUGAAGACGCUCGACGAUGUCAGGACUUACACGGGUGACCUGAGUGCAGAACGCAUGGAGACGGUCAGAAACGAAGCAGACAACAUCCUGGCCGCGUUCGUCGAGGAUGAAGCCACUGAAAGUGGUAACGGUAUCAGCUACAAAUCGUUUUCGAAGAUGAUAUCCAACUCGCUGCCGCACCUCUUCGACCCGCUGACGCCGCUAUUUGAACACAUGCUCUUUAGCAAGAACCUGAAUUUGUCUCAGAAGCGAGGAAGAACUGAUUCGACGCCAUCAGUGCAUACAGAGGAGCAACCGGAGUCCGAUAUACCUGUGCUGCUGCUGCCGCCGCCGCCACCUGUCAUGCUCCCUGGAGCGUUCGAAUCUGUGAUUCUAAACCCAAGCCUCAUAUCCCAUCUUUCAUUCUUUCUACCAUCCACCUCUCGUGGCCUGAGCUUCCUCCAAAGCAGCGCUCAACUACAUCCCGUCUUCUCAACAGCAGCCCACGGCUCAUCUCUCACCUCCUUCUCCCACCACGUCCUAACAUGGCAAGCACCCUCCCUCAUGAUCCUCCACGGAGUCAUAGAAGAAAACACAACAAUAACCCUAGGUGCCUACCUCCCCUCCUCCUGGACAUCCUCCAACCACUCAUCAAAAACCUCCGACUCCCUCCCCUCCCUCUUCCAACUCUCCCCCAAGCACAUCCUCCUCCCAGGAAACCCUUCCCCCUCAGCCCAACAGCAACAAAACACACCAACCGCCUACUUCUCCACAGCAACUGGCCUCGCACUCGGCUGCAGACUCCCGCCCUCGUCCAGAACAAGUACACCACAGCCCUAUCCCCACGGCGCAGGCUCCCUCCUCAUCGACUCCAGUCUCGAGUCAGCAGACUUCCACGUCUCGUCCGUAGGACACGAUGGCGCGUUCCUCCCGCCAGUAACCACAUCAACCCCGGCAGAAAAGAUACAUAUCGAUAUCUAUAACCUGGAAAUAUGGGGCGUUGUGCAGCCGGAUGAUUCGUCUAUGUCGGCGGGACAGGGUCAAAGUGCUGUUGAAGUACAGAAGGCGAAGUGGGAGUUUGAGGCGAGGGAGGCGGAGAGGAGGAGGAAUGUGAAUUUGAAUGCUGGGGUUGGGGAUAGUGCGAGGGAGAGCGCGAGGUGGUUGUUGGAGUCGGCGGGGUUGGUCGGGGAGAGUGGGAGGUAUGGGGGGAGUGUUUAAUUCAUCGAUUGAAUAUGGUUUUUGGCGUGCUAUAAUACUUUAAAUUGAUCUGGAGAGG